AAACGAAAUCGGAAAUGAUCCUACACCGUUCAUAAAACCAUUUUUCCACGACGUGAAUUGGUCUAUCUUGUGCAAAAGUAUCGUACUCGUACUAAUUCUAAUUGCUUUUAUGCAUUACAAAUCUCUUUCUCAAGGCAAAUCAGCAUUUACAAAUUCAAUUUGUAAUGCUGGGCCAAUUUGUAAUGCAGUUUAUACUAGUACGAUGCUUUUGCAUUGCAUAUGGUUUUUCCUAUACCUGGAGGAAACGCUUAACCUCCUUCUCGAGCCGGAGGCACGUAUUGAAGACCUGCGUCAUCUAUUUUACGUAUCAAGUGCAAAAGUGUCUGGGUCUGAUGAAAGGGUCGUGCAAGGUUUGUCGUGCUUGUCUGGCAUGACGGAAAUAAAGUCUGUAUUUUUGCGUGUCCAAGAAGAGACCCUUUUGCUUGUCAUGCAAAUAAAACGCAGUUGGUCAUGCGGAAACAAAGGGAAAGCGCAACACUAAGCCCCGCAAAAAAUAUUUCUCAUGCUUGGCUUUGCAUUAAUACAGACCAUUCACUGAUUCACAUUUCAGCAUUACAAGUUUUCAGACCCAGACAUAUUGAUUGCAAGGCAUAUCACGGCUCCUAUCAUGAUUCUCUCGAGCGGCGACUUGAGGUUAUGCAUUGCAAAGGUAUCGUACUCGUAUUAUUGCAUUACAAUUUUUCUCAGCAUGAGAAGUAAAAUUCGUAAUGCGGAUUUACCUUAUGUAAAAGAUUUGUAAUGCAUGACUGCAAUUGAAUUACUACGAGCGCGAUACUUUUGCACUGCAUACAGGUGGCGAAAGGGCAACUCCAACGGAGGGCCGAGUUGAAGCGGCGGCGAGUUUUGGCGAGGGAUAAAAAAGUUCUUCUUCAGAAUUAUCCUAUGAAAAAACGUCCCCCCCCAGAGUUGUCAUGCAAAUCUGCAUGCUGAAAAUGUUUCUCAUGCGGAGCCCCAUGAGAAGCAUUUUCCAGUCGUGUAUUGGAAUUUGUCAUGCUCCAAUCAGCAUGAUAUACUGGAUCUGUGAUGCUGCUGAGCUAGCUCAAACAGCACUACAAUACGAGUCCAAAUUUGUCAUGCAAAACAGCCAGAGCUUGUGGAUUUGUCUAGCCGAGUCCCCAUCCUGACUAUGGGGUAGGGACGUUUUUACAUAGGAUAAGAAUAAGGAGAGGGAACGUACUGCCGGAGGUGCAGAGCUCAAAAGUCGACGCUCAUUUUCGUGGAAGAACCAAGAGACGAACCUCCCGGGACGCGGCGUAGUACCACGAGAAGUGGAAGCAGUAGCAGAUCAGCACCUUCUUCAGGGGGGAGACCACCUUCCGUCAGAAGGUAACGAAAUCGAUUUCAGAGGUCGUACAUCUGGCGCGACCAGAGGGAGUUGUAGUAGUUCUUACUCUCUCGUCGGUUCACACCCAGGAGGAGAAGCUGCCCGAGCUGAUGUCAAUGUUCCCUUUCCCCCCGGCGACGAAAACAACUACCCUUUUCGUGUCGUCGCACAAGAGUUGAUGCACCUUUGUCCGGGACUGCCGCUUGGCCACGGAUGCGAAAAUAGAGCCGAAUUGGACCUGCUGUUGGAGCAAAAAGAGCUGCUUCAGUUGCCCGGCGGACCUAGUACAACUACACAGCCGAUGCUGGAAGGGUUUUGUCUGCCACGGAUCACGUUGCUGCCCUGGACAGAAUAUCCAGUGCAAAAGUAUCGCACUCGUAGUAAUUGCAAUUAUGCAUUGCAAAUCUUUUUCCUAAGGUCAAUCAGCAUUACAAAUGCUGAGGAAAUUUGUAAUGCAAUUCAUACUAGUACGAUACUUUUGCAAUGCAUACAGAAAUGUUAGUACAGCAGCCUGUAGAUGAUACAGAUCGUAGUACUUGUGAAGGAGAACACGAUCUGCUGGUGACGUCCGGAACAACACAACGAGACCAUGAUCUUCCUCCUUGUAGUACCAGUUUUAUUGGGCGGCGGCCCGCGCGUGGUGGACACGCUCGUCACACACACGAAUAUGUGACCGGCGAAAUCGCGAGCAAGAUACAGAGGUUGUGCCGCCGCGCGCGGGAGCUCGACCGGAACAGUUGCGCACGGAUGCUGCAGC